AUGGAGAUUAAGGCAUUGAGAGAACAAUUGGCCAUAGCAAAGGUCAAACAUCUGGAUUCCUUAGCAGUUAUUAUUUUCGGCGAAGUAUUGGGAGUUCAGGAACGCGAGGUUGAGAACACCGCUGCGAGAACUCAUGCCGAGAUGGAGGUCAAAGCUUUGAAGAAAGAGCUGGAAUCAGCGAAGGGGAAUGUUACGGAGAUCAUCACCUCGUUGGCCGAUGCUGAGAAGGAGAUUGAAGCCUUGAAGAAAAAAGUGGUAACAGCGGAGGAACGUGAUGCUGCCUCGAGAAGUGCUGCCGAAAAAGAGAUAGGGAUUUUGAAGGACCAAUUUGCAAAAGUGAAGCGAGACGCAGAGAGCGGUGAACUCGCUUCCAAGGAACGAACACGAUCACUUCAAUGCCAGCUGGAGGAAACCAAAGCUGAGGCAUAUGAGAAGAUUACUGCAUUGCAAACUCAGAUAUCCCAGUAUGAUAAUCAAAACGUCCAUGAUACGCGGGACUCGGGGUUUCCUGGCUCUACCAUGUCGAACCGUGCGGGCCAAGAACAUCCACGUAAGGUGUCGAUCAUGUAG